UUUCUCAGAAAUAAUUGAACAUGGGAAACCUAACGCCAAAGAAGCUAUGGGAAUAGAUAAACGCAGUACGUGUCUCUUUUCAGCUAUCACUGCAUCCUGCAAGAGCAGAGAUGAAUGAGCCAUGUUCAACCAAAACCUCCGAAAGAAGGGAUGCUCUGUCGUCGCUUGACGGUCAACCAGGCGGCUUCACAGAGCAUGAAGUCGACAACAAUCCAAGCCUUCCGCUCUUGGAUAGCCAUAGACAUCAUUCUGCGACCGGAAGUAUCCUAUUGUCUCAAGAAGGCACUAUCGACGAUGAUGCGGCAAUCAAUGUAUUGGCCAAGAUUGACAGAGCCAUCAUUCCAUUACUAUUCAUAAACUAUAUGUUAAAUUUCAUGGACAAGGUCAUUCUAUCUAGCGCCGCUGUUUUUGGACUAAGGGAGGAUACUCAUCUCAAAGGUCAGCAAUACAGCUGGGUCGGCAGCGUCUUUUACCUGGGCUAUCUUCUAUGGACAUAUCCAACAACUUUUUUCGUUGCACAUCUUCCAACAGGGAAAUAUCUCACAGUAAACACAUUAUUUUGGGGCUUGGUCGUUGCACUCACUGCGGCGUGCCAUAACUUCGGUAGCCUCUUGGUCACACGAUUUCUCCUAGGCGUCGCAGAGGCCACGAUAACGCCCGGCUUCAUGUUUCUGACUUCGACUUGGUAUACGCGCGAUGAGAUGCCAACUCGUGUCGGCAUCUGGUUUUCUGGAAACUCUGUUGGGGGCUUGGUGGCCAGUUUGCUUGCAUUUGCAGUUGGGCAUGUCGAUGGAGCAUCGAUACGACCUUGGAGGUGGAUGUACAUCAUCCUAGGCACCACAACUUUUCUGUGGGCAAUACCUUUGUUUCUUCUUCUCCCAGACAACAUCUCUAAAGCUGCUUUCCUCACACCAAGGGAGAGAAGAAUCGCGGCACAGCGUGUGGUAUCUUCCGGUACUGGUACGACAGAGCAUACGAAUUGGAAAUGGGAUCAAGUCCGUGAGUGCUUGAUCGACCCCAAAUCUUGGUUCAUCGUGGGUAUCGAGCUAUUCACGCAAAUUCCAAAUGGCGGAUCACAAAGCUUUGCGAAUAUCGUGGUCGAGUCUUUCGGAUUUACCAAUUUACAAUCCACGCUCAUCAACAUACCUUACUCGCUUCUAUCAGCAGGUAUAAUAACAGGCAGCGGAUACAUGGCUGGCCGAUUCCGCACUCUUAACUGCAUUUUGAUCGUCGUUGUUAUCAUGCCAUGUGUCAUUGGCAGUGCAAUCAUCUACAAACGAGACAAUGUGCCUCACAGCAUCCAUCUUUUCGCCUACUUCCUCCUCUCGAGCGGAUCUGCAGCAAUGCCGCUCACCAUGGCCCUUGUACAAUCAAAUUAUCGAGGUGUUACGAAGAAGAUGACCAUAACGGCCAUGUUGUUCAUCACAUACUGUAUUGGAAACAUGGCAGGGCCACAUUUCUUCCUGAAGUCUGAGGACCCACUAUACGAGACUGCUUUCAAGGCUAUCACUAUUUGCUACAGUUUAGCUACAGUCUGUGCUGUGUGUUUGAGAACUUACCUCGAGCGGUUGAAUGAAAGGCGAACUAGAGAAGAGGGUCUCGUUGGAAGUGCUGGCUCAGGGGGUGUUGUACGAGGGGAUGCUCAGGGGCAUGACGAUUCCUCGGGCCCUGAAUCAGAUGUGACGGAUUGGCAAGUCGUCGGGUUUAGAUAUAGGCUUUAAAAAAUCUUCCGUUCUUUUGCCAGACUAACUUUUUUUGUCUGACUGCUGAGGCCUGGCACUGUAAUCACUUGAUUGAUAUCUUGGUGAGAAAGUCGAGGUAUGUCAACUAUCAAGAUUGGAACCUUGUUUUUACAGUUCAAAGCAACAUAAUUCACAUAUACAUGGCA